AUGGAGCUGAGGCAUUCCAGGUUCAUUUGGCAUUAUGAUAUUCCCCCAAAAUUUGCUGCUUUUGGGUUUUUGGUAGGGAGAAAGAAAAUCCUUACUAUUGAUAGUCUUCAGAAGAGAUCAAUGAUUCUCCCCAACAUUUGCCUUUUGUGUAUGCAUAAUGAGGAGAUUGUGGAUCAUCUUCUUAUGCAUUGCUUUUUUGUGAGGUUGAUAUGGGCUGAUAUUCUUGGUCGCUUCCAAAUUCUGCGGUCUUUCUUGGAGUUGGUUGAUCUUCUUUUGAGUGCUUGGCAUGGGGUUAUCCUUGGAAAAGAGAAGAAAUUGCUUUGGAGUUUAUCUUUGCUCGCUAUUUGGUGGGAAGUUUGGGAAGAACUCAAUGCUAGGUGUUUCAAUAAUAUUUCAAAAGUAGCGGAAGGAUCUUCUCGAAGGGCCAGAGCUUUGGUCAUUGAAUGGACCUCUUGUACUCCUAAGCUAACCGGAUGUAAUUUGGAUUUUCUUGGGCUGUAA